AUGUUCCUCUACGUGCUGGUCCUCAUGGCGUUUCACAGCAGCAGAUGGAUGCCCAGGAAUCAGAGGCUCAAGUUCCAAAUAAUAAACGUGGCGUUCACGUCCCUUGUUGUGGUCCCUCAGCUGUACGUCAUUGCAAGGCCCAAAUCGUCAAGAUACUGCAAGCAGCCUUUGGUGAACAACCUGUCGGCAUCCAUCGCCUUGUCUCUCAUCGCUUCAGGUCAAAAUGACGCCAGCACUCAUUUUAAUGCUAUUCAUUAUGUAUUGAUACGGCACAUUUGUGAUGCAAUUUCUGCAAACACACGCUCCUAUCCCCCCCCCGUAGGUUUUUCAGUGGUCUUCACGCUGGUCGAGACAGUUCCUCAGGGCUUGUGGGCGUCCUAUCACGUGUUUGGAUUGCUGUCGUUUGGACACGGAGCGUGCAGCACCAUACUGACGCUGACGGCGGCCGCAUGCGUAAGAAACUCAACUGUAUAAAUAAACGACGCACCCAAGUCAUUCAUUUCUUCUUGCAUUUUUGUAGGCCAAAACCACACCUGAGCUGUAUCACAUGUCUCUCUUUCUGACCGUGGCUUCCAUUGUGAGCACAGGUAACAAGUACAUGCGAAUACAAAGGUUAUUGUUACUUGUAGAACACAUUCUUGUGUCCUUCUUAGGUGCACUUAUGGUUAAAGGAGUCCUCUGGUUGACAAAAGGCAGGAACAACGAGCGCCACUAAACAGAGUCCAGCUGUGUUACAUCGACAUCCAAUACUGCUCAUAUUAACAUUUCACGUGCUUUCCAUGCCGCCGGCAGUCGGUAACUCAAAACCAUGGGAAUGAAAGUGACUUAAUCCGGCUCGUUUUAAUGCUUCACUUCAACAAAAGCAGGUGUUUUCUUGGGUUGGCGGAUGGCUUACAUUGGCUUCCCGUUGUAACUGGUCACAGGAAGUUACUCAGAAUGCAACGCGGCUGUGACCUUAGCGAGCCGGAAUGUACCACUGGCAAAGUUGAAGAUGUCAUUUGGGUGAACCAUAAGUCUAAAACGCAAACACGUUCCACUAAAUUUAUCACAACUAGAUGUGCCCGAUAUGAGGAAACAUAACAUCAUAACAAUAAAUCCGAUAACAUUAAAACAUAGCUCCGAUAAUUGAUAAUUAAAAAAAAUAAUUCUCAAAUGAGGCGAGUUUACAUGUACUGUGUUGUGGUACUGGGCCAAGGUGAACAAAUCAAGCGCUCCUUUUCUGUGACGUCUCCAACUCCCCUGAGCUAAAAGGUAAAACAAUCAUGGUGUUUUUAUUUCUUUAAUCUCGAUUUCUGUAUGAUUUAUUUUAUGUGAUUUUGUUAUCCAACUGUUAUUUAUUAAUGCCCAUGGUUUGAUGCAUUGUUAAUGUAAUCUGUAAGGCAUUAAUAAAGUUGAUUGGAAAAAUAAAAAAUAUUGAACAAUCAUGGUGUCGAUCUAGGUGUCACUAGUAACACGCACUAGUCUUUAUCGCCAACGAUAGGCUUUUAUUAUUUUAUAAUUAUUUAGCUCACAAG